AUGGCAGCUUCUUUACAGAAAGGUCAGAUAUAUGAUGACCGAUUGCAUGGAACUCGCAAAGUGAAAGUCACUAUUUUGGCUUCUGAAUGGGAAUCAAGUAAUGAGGGACUUUCCACCCUAAACAGAGAAUUAGCCAUUCAGUUAGCCAAAUUGCCAGAAGUGGAAAUCACUUUCUUUUUACCAAAAUGCAGUCAACAGGACAAAAAAGUAGCCCUUGAGUACAAUGUAAAGAUCGUGCAGGCAAAACCAGUGCCUGGCCUGGAACAAUUGAAUUGGCUUUGCUUUCCGCCAGACGAUUUGCAAAUCGACAUUAUCGUAGGUCAUGGAGCUGAACUCGGUAGUCCAGCAUUUGCUAUAAAGAGGAAUAAAAAGUGCAAAUGGGUUCAAGUGGUACAUACAGACCCGGAGGAACUUGGAAUGUUUAAAAACAAUUGCAACCCAACUUUGAAGGGCGAAGAAAAGCACAAAACCGAAGUAGAACUGUGUGAAAUGGCUGAUCAUGUUAUAGGAGUAGGAGGGAAGUUGAGCGAAGCCUUUCGCUCAUAUCUUCGCGGCUGUAAUAAAGAGGACAAUGUUUUUGACUUCACUCCUGGACUAUUCGAAGAGUUUAGGACUGUAAAACAGGUUCCUAGCGAAAGACAACAACGCAGUGUCUUGGUUUUUGGUCGUGGAGACGUGGAAGAUUUCGAGUUGAAGGGAUUUGACAUCGCUGGAAAAGCGAUUGCUGCAUUACAAGAUACUCGUCUUGUGUGUGUUGGGGUAACGGAUGGGAAACGCGAAGAAAUAGCGAAGCGGUUGACUGAAUGUGGUAUUCCUGCAAGUCGCUUUAGAGUAAGAGGAUUUGUUCAAGACCAAGACAGUUUGAAACGCUUGUUCCAAGAGGUGGAUCUUGUACUCAUGCCUUCAAGAACAGAGGGCUUUGGACUGCCAGGACUCGAGGCGAUGUCAGCUGGUCUCCCUGUGCUCAUCAGUCACAACUCAGGUUUUGGAGAAGCACUAAGUAGUAUACCUUUUGGUUCAUUUUUUGUGGUUAACUCAGAAAACCCCGCCGAUUGGACCCAAGCCAUCCAAAAAAUAUGGGCCAAGGACCGGAAAAGUCGACUUGAGGAAGUGGAAACCUUGCAAGAUUCCUAUGGCAAGAAAUACAACUGGGCCAAGCAAAUGAAAGAUUUGGUUGACAAGAUGACCAGCCUAGCUUAUGGUAGGAAUGGCAAUUAUCUUUUUUUCAACACUGCAUCAGUUAUAAGGGAACAAUAGAAGGAAAAACUAAAACAAACUACAGUACACUGUACAACUAAAGCGUUCGUUUACAGAUUAUGUUUGAGAGUGCACAUAAAGAUCGGUUGUGCUUUAUUUGCAGCAGUUCACAUGCAUAUAUAAUCAUUUCAUACAUACAUAAUCACCGCCUCAUGUCGUCCAUUUUGUUUCAGCAGAAGUUUCCUUAAAGGCCGCAAGCUCCCUAGAAACAAAGUUCAACGCUUCAUCUCAGAGGACGGAAGGCAUGAUUGAGGACCAUAAAGGUAUUGUCAAAGACGUUGUAAUCAAUAAAUCGUGGGUGAUGGGUCCUAUGAACGAGUGUUCAAGGUUCAUAUGAGUUGGUUAUGAUGAUUUGGUUUCUCUCUGUGACAUACGCUUAUUUUAUAUACAUAAGCAACGAGAUAUCUCCACAUACAUGAUUGAUACCCAUAUAAGGUCUAGUUGAAACCUGUCGAACCUCACUUUUGCCGAAACGUGUGAAUAAUAUUAUGUUGCGGUAACUCCGAAUACAACAGUGCAGAGCUCUACAUCCAUCUAACCAUUUGGAAACUAUGUGUGAAGCAUAAGCUAUUAUAAUAGAAUAUGUAAAGCUACAUAAAAAUACAGUACUAAUUGUCAGCUACGCUACCACCUAUCUACCUACAUGUAUAUUUUUCACCUAUAUCAUAAUUAUAGUAGUCGAAUAUGUAAAAUUCAACAAUGACAAAUUGCCCACUUCUGGGCAGACCUUUGAUGACAAUGCCCCACCCCGGGAACUCAAAACCUGAUAAAUGCCCGACAAAUGUCUGGGGAGGGAUUGUCUUACUUGGAAUUGAUUGUUUCAAUGAAAUUGUCAUUGUAACCAAGGCCUGUUUUCGCAGAACCUUCUAUGGAAAAUGACAACAAUCCAAGAACAAACUCUUCUGACGACGAGCAGCCUCUUUCAGAAACGUCCAUUGGUAGUAACUGUGAAAAGAAGGCUGAUGCUGCACCAGGAAAUCAAACUGAAAUAUCCACAGAUAAAGGCUCCCAGUCACAGAAUAGCCGUAAGCGUAAAAUGUCAGAAUCUUCUUGUGAUCAAGGUAUGCAAUAAUUAGCAAUUAUUGGACGAGGUUGAGCAAAAUAUCGUGAUUUGUCAGUGGCGAGCAGAUCAAUUAUUUGCCGAAGCCGAGGGCUGAGGCAAAUAAUUGAUCUGCGAGACAAUGACAAAUCACGAUAUUUUGCGAUAACCGAGUUCAAUAAUUGUUUUAUCAUUCGAUCACUGAGUUUGUUUUUUAAUAAAUAAUAUCUUCGGAAAGCGGUUAGCGCGCGCUGCUUUCCAGGAGUAAUGACAGAGAUCACAUAAACGAGCAAGGAGCAAGCGUGGUUUCAUUUACGCAUGAGCAGAAUAGUAUUUGCAGCCAAAAACUUAAACCAAAAACAGUUGAACGACAUUGCGCAUGAGCACACCAUUAUUUGUAGGCAGUUAUUUGCAGGUCACGUGGCGAGCUCUCGGCCAAUGAAAAGGAAGAAACAUUUGCAUCGAAUGAUAACAUGAUUUGUUUUUCUAGCUGUUGCCUACUAGUACAUCUAAAGUGGGAGGUUAUUGUUAACUUACUCAAAAGGAACUGCAAAAGGAAUUGUUUCCGUUCACACUGUAGCAGUGUCAUUCUUCACUCACUGCAAUUUUCAACUAAGAUUCAAAACCAGAUGUCACCUUGGGCUCACGAAUACUGCAGAUCAGGGUACCGGCUUAUACUCACUCAAACGUCGGGGGCUAAAAUCAGUAAAUCUCAAGCAAUAUUUCAUAUUUCGUCGAUCAAUAUUUAUCAUUUCUCAGUGACAUUUUCUUUGUUUUCAGACAUUAUUACGAGGCACUAUAUUCAAAGAACUUAGUUUGGUCCCUGACUAUUAGCGAAUCUUUGCACACGACAUUAUGCGAAGCAAAAGCGGAAAGGAUUCUGUUCGUAAUAGUAAAAUGACUCCGUCUUGCAAACGGCCUAUUUGUGUCAUUUUCAAUUUUUAUGUUUAUUUCUACAGGACAAAAGCCACAGAAAUUUGAAAAAUGUGGAGGUGUGUGAACUAAAACCCAUGGGUUCGGUUAUUUAAACAAAUUCUAACUUACACCGCCGUUUAAGAAAUCUUUGGACCUCCAGAACUCUUGCUUAGUGGGUUAUUUUUAAGAAGAGAACUGUUUUUCUAGUCUACUCCAUAUGCUUUCGUGAAACUGUUCACGAUAAAUCGUGUUUUCAUAAAAGCGCGCGUUCGGUUAGCUGAACAUGACUUAGAACGCUAUUUUGUUAAACACUGGCUAAAGAGUUUCUAAAGAGUUUUGAAGUUUCAUUCGUCUGGCUGGAAAUUUUGCCAUAUGAACGGCGGGAUGAAUUCUGGCUGUCCGGCUGGCAUCGUCUUGCAUUGUUUGAUGAAUUUUCCCAUUUAACUGCAGUAAUGCAGAUUUAAGAGUUACCGAAGCUAUGAAAGGCCCGAAAGUUAAAAUUUGUGUGUUUCGUCAUGUUUGCUGUGUUUCUCGAAUUUGGCGCCAGUACUCAUCCCUAGAAUCUUUGGCCUUCCCCCAUCUCGGAAACCGGGCCGAAGUUUCUCAUAUGAACCCAAGGAGAAAUUCAUCCUGGUAACUGGGCCAGCCUGGUCAACCGGGAUCAUGGGAAGAGGCCCUGAGUUAGACUUCGUUGAAAUAACCGCAUAGCAAUAGCUUGAAAAACAGUCGAAAGAAUGCGUGAGAAUAUAACGUCUUUCAUUCAUAGUAUAUUUUUCGAUAGUGAGUUGUGCCUUGAAAAAUAUGUUGUUUUGCCUGCAAUAAUUAACCUUUUAAUCAACUCUGUAAAAUUGAAAAUUUUGCGUUUCCUAAGUAAGGCCGGCAGAAAAUAACGUGGGAAAUAUUCAUCCAGUCGCAAAGAAGAUUAAUUCACUAGCAGAGAAUCUUUUCAAAUAUCAGGAAGCUUGCGAAACAAUUGUGCUUCCCCUCAGAUUUCCCCCCGGGGGGGAAGGGGGAACUUGGGUUAAUGUUUUCUGGGUAUGUGCCGCUGGCCUCUCAGAGCCCCUACCCCAUUAUAGUCUAUUUUUUGGCCAAUUAUAGACCCCAGCUUCAUUUAUGCAUCUACCUUAUCAAUGUGGUUUCAAACGGCGGAAUGUACGGGAUCGUAAUGCCGUCAGUGCGAGCUUAUUGUUAAAUUUAAUAAACAACAACUUACCGUUUUUUUUUUUAACCGAGAAUCUUCCCAUUUGGAAUCCUUACUUACCCCAGAGACCCGAAAAUAUGCGACCCCAUUCUAGUAACUCUAUUGAAAAUGCGACCCCAUUAUAGUCACUCCAGUCGUGAAAAUGCGACCCCAUCCAGCGGCACAUCCCCAUUAGCCUCUUGUAAGAGAGUAGCUCUCCCGGGAGAUUUCCACAGUCGAAAAUACUCCCAUUUAUAUCAAGUUAUGUGUCUUUAACAUAUUACAGUGUAUGCUUAACAUUGUAUGCGUGUGGAAUGCUGCAGGGCUACAAUUUUGACCUUAAUAAAUUGAAUCUUACUUCCAUGUUAACAGGUAAAUCAUGUACGCUGAAGUUGAAAAUUAGACAGCAAAAUCUGGAUGUUGAUCAGAAUAGAAUAUUCAAGGAGCAUUUCUUGGGACAGUUUGAAUUGUUACUGGAAUUAGAUACACUUGAUCUCACUGAGCAGUCACAAGGAGAAGCUACUUCGUUUUUUCAGGGUUUACAAAAAUCUUAUAAUCUACUUGUAAGAAACUUCGGAAUUGGUUGUCUGGAGAUUACUGUUGAAUGCGUAAACCUUGAAGGCCUCGAGCGUCUGUGGAAUGAUUAUCAGUCUGGUGAACUCAAUGACCUAGCUGAGAGGUGCCUUGUCACGGAUAAACUUAAGAAAAAACUGAACUUAGAGACGGUGCAAUUAAAGACAUCCAUAGCAGAAGAAAGUUAUAUGCGUUGCAAGAAGGCUCUCCUGGAAAAGUCACGUGAGUGUCAUAAGCUUACUUGCGUUUUCCGGUGACAUUAAUUUUCUGAUUGCUUGGGUAGGCAAUCCCAACACAGGAUUUUAUUCAUUCAUUUAUUAACUAAGUGCAUUUUAUUAUUUAUUUAUUUAUUUAUUUACACCACCACUUCACAAGUAAAAUUACAUUUUGAGAAUUAAGGUAGGUACACGCUAGGCGACUAAACUUGCAGCAACAUAUCGCGGCAAAACGUCGCAGCAACAAAUCGCUUCGUGUGUACUGGAGAACUUUUGUGAAAAUCUUUGACUCUACAACAAAAUUUUGCCGCCGCAACAUGUUGCAAAAAAUCAAAUCAGUCAGAAUUUGUGGGACUUGUUGCGGCGGCAAAGUUCGUCAAGGUCUGUUGUAGAGACAAAGAUUUCACGAAAUUCUCCCGUACACACGAAGCGAUUUGUAGCUGGGAUGUGUCGCCCCAACCGUGUUGCCGCAACUAGUCGCCCGUCCUGUACACACGGAGCCAGGGGUCUGUCGCCGCGACUUGUUGCAGUAACUUGUCGUCUAGUUCGACCUUUAUUUUAGUAUAACAAUACAGUUAAAUAAAAAAGGUAAUACAGAACGAUCAAAAUACUGUGUGGUGAAGAGUCCUCAAAAAGCCAAAGGCUUGUAAAAGGAGGAUGGUCAUUGAUUGAAUGAUAUCAGGACUAGCGGGUGCAGAGGGAGACAAUAGAGUUUAGUCAGUUUGGAAGAUUUAUGCUUGGGGUCGAGCGAGAAAGAAAGUCAUAUAGUCGCUUUUUAAAAUUAACAGAAGUGGUGGAGCUCGAGACAGAUAAUGCUGGAAAGGAAUUUCACGUAGUUACAUGUAACUGUUUAAUAUUUGUUCGACAAAAGUUUGGUCUGUAAUUUGUUUCAAAUCUGGUGGCAUAUGUAUGUACCUGGCCACCAGUUAUGGAUUUAGAAGAGACUGAAGGGCUGCGAAUGACGAUGAUAGCAGAACAUAAAUUUAGAGACAUGGAAUGUAGAAACACCAACAUAUCUAAAAUCUUGAGUUUGGCAAAUAACGGAGCAAAGUGAGAACGAUACUCUGAGUUAGUUAACGCACGGUUAGCGCGUUUUUGUAAGAAAUAAAUUCUGUUCAGGUGACAAUUGUGCGUGAAUGACCAAACUAUAUUAAAGUGGCUUUAUAGGUAAGAUAUAUAUGAGGGCAUGAAAGAGGAAUUUAUCACUUAAAAAUGAUGACAGCGCGACCGCGGCCUAUAAAUCCUUCCAACAGAUUUUGCUGUUUUGUUGCAGAUAAAAUUUAUGUGAUUUCCAGCAAAGAUUUUCGUGAAUGUAUACACCUAAAAGUUAAGUUUCCUUUCAGUUUUGCCGAAGUCGCUCAUUAUCAAAUAAGGGCAAAGUGUGGCUUACGAAAAGGCCUUUUUCUUUCCAUGUCUGAAGCGCUUUCCUCUCUGUUCUAUUUAGUAGAAAGUAGAACUUUGAACAUAAAGAAUGAAUAGAAGGAGCCGUAUUGUUGAAUAAGCAACAACUUCCAACAUUGCGUACAAUUAUGCCUGUACCAAUUGGAAGGGGUGUCAGUUAGACGCGGGCCAGUCGUGGCUAUCUUUUUCAUGCACCUAUCAAUGUUAUGCCGGCAGGGGGGGGGGACGUGGGCGAAGGGAGGCAGGGCAUGGGGUGGGGAUUUGAUUGUCUUUGUUGGCCCUGGUGUAGGGCAUUUGACUGAUCUUGUUCUCCCAGGGAAGGGGAUAUUUGAAUCUUGCUUCGCCCGACGUGGAGAUAUUUGACUGCCGACUCGGACGAAAAAGACUAAGCCCGAACAUAUGUUUCCUGCUUCCACGCUUCAUGCAUGCGCCGUACGGUCUGGAAAGAUCUGAAAUCAUAGAGGCCAACGAGAACAAGCGAAAGCUGAGUGGAUUUCACUGUUUGUCGUCAAAUUUCGUUGUUUUAGCGUGUUUUUGAUUAAUUGAACCUCUUAAGGUGAUUCCCUAGUAAAAGAACCUAACAUAGAUUGUAGAUGAAACUUGGUACACUGAUGUCACAAGUCAAGAAAAUGAUAAAAAAGUAAUAAAAAGUGGGGGUCACCAUGCUCGUUUUAACGUCACAAUUCUGAGAAAUACGGCUAUUUUGGACCCUUUGUCAAAAACCGCGCGCAGCCCAAAACUAGACAAAAACGAGAGAUUUUUUCGAUGAUGCAUGUGGUAUCGCACAGAAUUUGACUUUAUUGUAUUGUUUAUCCACUUACAUACCAGAAAAAUACCUUUUAAUGCUCCUGUUUUUAUUUUACGCUCCAAAGUAGAAUUGAAUUGGACACGCACUAUUCGACCCGUGAUAGCUCAAUCCGUACAAUUUAGUAAAAUUGCCAAAAAAAUUAACAUAGAUUUGUGCCAAUUUUUUUCUUAUCGAAAGGAAGCACUGUCCUUAUUAAAAUCAUGAAAUAAAAAAUGGGGGUCACCGUACUCGUUUUUGCGGUAGAGCUGCAGAAAGUGCGCACCAAAUGCAUUUUCUCCGAGUUUUGAGAGAGGACUGGGGCGAGUUUCAAAAUAGAAUGUAUGUGAAAAUGGGAAGAAAGUAUUAAAAAAUCUGUUUUUACAGAAUUUACAUCGAGAUAUCACAUUAAGGAUACAAUGUGAUAAAGAAAGCGUUUAAAUAAAAAUCAAAUUGAGUAAGCACAAGUUAAACAUCCACUAUCGAGGUUCUCCGUGAGGAAGUCGAACUCAGCAACACGCGUACUGCCUACGUUAUGCACAUUCCCAACACAUUGAGUCUCACCUCGGCAAGAAACAACCGCAAGCAAAAAUUCCAAUAGCGUUUCUCUUCAGUCAACUUCAUUUUAAUAAUGUUACUUCACAUGCUCUGUUUUACGGCGUCCCUCUUGUUAUGCGCAGAAAGAGAUGCGCAGUGCAAAACAAGGGAAUCACCUUAAGAUACUGUGGUAUCAAAGUAAACGGAAGUAAAGAGAAACCAAGUCGAUUUUUGCAAGCCAAUUGAUCAGUGUAUUGCUCAUUCGCUACAAUCACUGUACGCUUAUAAAAGUGACUUUCUUUGUACCCUUUACUAAGAACAGUAUAGUCAAAUUUACAAAAUGUGGACUUUCUCCUAAAGGUUUCUGUAUUCUAAGCAGUGUAACACGGAUUAUGGUUAAAACGUAUAACUACAGCUGUAACAGGAACAUGUAUCUUUGGUGAUGCAGCAGCGUAAUAUGAAUAAAGAUUGCAAAGUUUUAUUUGGAGAUAUUUUUAUUGUGCCUUUAUUGGGUUCUGCUUUGGGUUAUUUGUACAGCGCAGGUUGGGGAAAUUUGGUUCCAAUUGACUGGAAUGAUUUGCCCGUGGGCAGGGAAUUUGACUGCAAAUUUUUGAAAAAUGUCAAAUCCCCUGUCUCCCCCCUCCCCCCGCCGGCUUUACAUUGAUAGGUGCAUAAAGAGUGCUGUUUUAGGGUUAGGGUUAGGGUUGACACUAACCCUAACCCUAACCCUAAAACAGCAUUCCUUAAAAAAAGAUAGAGCCCUGACCCCGGCCCUGUCCCCGACCCAGCGGUUUACUGACAUCAGUGUAUUAAACUAGCAAGACACCUUUUCCCAAGGGUGUUCGCUUAAGCAAGUUUUACAGGCCGCUGUAAGCGUUGUCUUGUUAUUGAUGGUACUGUAUCUUUUUUUACUAGGAGCAUCAGGUAUCAAGGAAAUUUGUCAAACAGUUGAUUCAGGUCAGGUAGAGAAUACAAGGUGGAGUGAAACAAGCUCAGGUGUUUUGAAGGUAAGAUUAUUUUCUUUGGGAACUGGUGAAACGGGUGAUAUUGUCAGGCAGUUAUGUAACAAAGCGGUCAAUUGGUAGAUGGAAAAUUUUUUAUCAAGAAUUUAUGUAAAGGGCUUGCACCUUGUAUUUUAUAAUAGUAACUGUGAGAAGCGCGAUGUUAGAUAUUGCUGAGUACAAAAUGAUGAAUAGGGAGGGUUGGUUGGAAUUGUACCAAACAAAUACCCGUAGUAACACAAUCAAGACAGUUGUUAUUUAUUCAUUAAUAUUUAUUUGUUUAUUUAUCAUCAUCCAAGGACAAGAAGCAGGUCCUGACACCUAUGGCCAGAGCUGAGGAGGUUAGUUCAGCGGUAAGUUCAAUAAGAUACAUAUUAUAUAUAGUCUAGUGUGAGCUCGUUAUGCAUUCAAACAAACCAAAACAAGUAUGAAAAAGGUCACUUGGUGCAAGGAUUCAAAAUGCCAUAUUGUUAAAGACUUGCACAUAAAUCAAACUCAGCAGAGCGCAGGUUUAUUAUAGGUUGCAACAUCGUUUACUUAGGCUGCAUUGUUAUGUAAACUACAGAGGAGUAGGCAGAGGAUAUUUUUAAAGGGGUAAAUUUUUUUCAUAUCCCCACCACACUAUACGAAAUGUUUUGACAUCCCCCCUCUUAACCAAAAGAAGAAAAUGACGACAAAAAGUAAAAUAUGGGCAAUAUAAUGAAAUGGUGCAGAGAUAAAUGUUAAAAAAUUGAGAGCAUAAAACAAAAGGUAACGAAAGAUUCACAGGUGUUAGUAUUCCUGGUGCAAAUUAAAGGAAGUUGUAAGAGAUUAAUGCCAGCAGUGACUCACUGGAAAUUGCAUACUGGGACCAUGUGGCAGUUUAGAGGUAAUAAUAUUGCAAUCAUACCAUAUCAUAUAUGAGAAAAGAAUGUUUUCAUCCGCUCCGUCCUUCUACUCUCUCUGUUCCAUCAAGAGGCCCUUUUCAUCAAAUAUAAACAUGGGGAAUCCUUGCUAAUUGGCUUCCGUACGCACGCGUACGGGGUUGUUCACAUGGCUGCAAAACAUCGAUGUGGCCAAGGAAAAGCUCUGUUUAGUGGACUUGAUGUCGCCGCCUCUUGAAAAUCAAACGGAUGAUGCUUGUUCGCUCAAGGGUUGAAUCACUUUUUGCCCCUUGAGACGUGGAAUGACGACUUGGCCAGCCAUCCUACUAUUUGUCUUAAUUGUGUGGAUCGGAAUGUCAUUUGCGUCAAGCGUAAAUUGCCUUCCAGGAGACAUGGUUGCCCAUGCUUAUACUAUGCUAAUUCUGACGCAACUUUCCAUCUGAAAUUGAUUGGUGAUCUUGUUUUAAAGCUGAAUCCUGGUCCCUUGAGUCGCUCGAUACCAACAGUUGUUUCUAGACACGAGAGUUUCAGAAAUAACAAAUGCAUUUGGAGACGUAAUCCACGGAAUCUCAUUAGCGUGCAGCCCAACAGACUUCAGUCGUCAUUAUAAAAGCUCUUUGUCAUUGUGUUUACUGAAUGUCAGAUCUGUUAGAAACAAAACAGCGAUGAUUGUGGACUACCUGUGUGACCUAAAAGCUGAUCUUUAAGCAACAACAGAAACGUGGCUUAUCGAAAAAGACGCCGCUUUCAGGGCUGAGCUUGCUCUUGAUGGCUAUAAUGUGGGGACCACCUUCGUAAAGGCCGAGAUGGUGGCAGCACUGGGCUCAUAUACUGUGAUGCACUGCGACUUCAGAAAGUUAAAGCUGGAGAGCGAGUGUCUGUUGAAUUUUCAGAAUGGGUCGUCAGCUCCAUUAAGUCACAACUUUCGUCUAUUUAUAGAGUUUUCACAUGACGUCACGGUGGUCUGUUGGUGUCCCAAAACAAUGAAACGGCGGCCAUGUUAGUGUAAAUAUACGUUUUUCCUCUGGUGGGUAGAUUACGCUUUGGAGGGUUCUAUAUGUAAUUCUAUAUGUAAUUUUAACCACUUGUUUCACACUGAGAGGUCAUGACACGCUUAUUGAUUUUCUGUGGUUUUUAUUUCUGGUCGGCAUGAUUUCCCCUCUGAUGCAAGAGCAUUUUCGAUUUCUUUGACCAAUUUUGAAGUGUAAAGCUCUGAUUGGGGCUAAAUAAGGCUUUUAGGUUCUUUAAUUUUUUCUAAAGUGACUCAGGAUCUGAAUAACUAAGCGAUUUUCCUUAGUCUGUGAAUGUGAUGUUUUCCUGCAAUGUUGUAUUACGCUGGGCCCAGCUUGUUAGUUUUAUUUGCACAAUGUUAAAUUCUUACAGCAAUUUACAGAUCCAAAUUUAGAAGAAUGAAUUGCAUCUUAAACUGAAGCUACAUCAGCUAUGGAGAAUUGCAUUGUGACUCAGCCACCCGUACGAAACCAACAGAUCUCAGCAGAUCUGCAACAGAUCUGUUUUAUGAAAAACAGACUAGCUACAGACCAUUUUAUCGUCUGCAAAGUCUGUUUUCAGUCUGUAGCAGACGCAUUGCCUUCAUCGUCUACAAAGAUGUUUUCCUGCAGACGAGAAACAGAUGAAACAGAUGAAAAACAGAUCUGCACAUGAUCUGUGAAGUCUGCAGAGUCUGUAAGCCGUCUUAAUUCAUUUAGCGCGCAUGUUUAUCAAUUCGAAACAGGCAACUAAUGUCUCUCCGGUCGGGUCCAUCCGCUGCUUUGUCGAUAAAUUCAAACAUAAGCUCCAUCCAAUUAUUAUAAAAAGCGUUGGAAAAUUACCAUUUUCAUUUUAUUUUAUUCACUCUCAAGACUUAUGUAGCUUUUCAAAGUACAUUCAUGAAUGCUGCCGGUAAAUCAGUUUCUUUUAAAAAACAUGACUGAGUACUUACCAGUUUUACACAGCAACAUUAAACGAACGCCAUGUGCCUCAUCGUUCAUUACAGUUAAACUUAACUCAAAAUAACAUCUUACGGACAUGGAGUUUUAAAUUCAUGUAAAUUCAAAAUAAAUCUCAAAAAUGUAUUCUUUGGAGACCUUCCGUGACUGAUACGCGAUCGGGUAAUUCCCUGGAGACAUUCCAGAACUUAAUCUAAUUGGUCCGCACUUUACUAGAAGAUCUAUUACUCAUCUUCCUCUCGACCGUUUUUCUGCUUGAAUGAAAUAUGCAAUCGGUUUCUCGCUAACUAAGCAAGUUAUUUGCGUUCAGUUUGGAUUCAAAAAGUUAAAAAAGGUUUUUAGCUGUUUAUAGAGCGAAGAUGGAAAAAGUAUUGGUUAAAAAUCAACUGUGCCUCAAGCGACUCUCAACGAAUGGGAAACAGACGACGCUUGCGUAGCCUGAAAUUCAUCCGAUUGCUUCGAGUCGUUUUCUCCUCUCAACAACGUCUGAAUCGACCGGCCGUUAAUGCUGUCCAGUGACGUCACUCACUACCCGAAAACCGGGUAGUGAUUUUGAUUGGUUGAUUGUCUAAACAUUCGCAUAAUUAUGUAUAAUUAUGAAAAAUUUUAGCGGAUUGUCAUUUGAUAUUCAGGGGAUCGCAUCCCUGGCGUUCUUUCGUUUAGUUCAAACAUUUCGAUAAGCUUAAUCUUUAUCUUGAACAGCAAAAUUGCCCUUGUCUUCGAAACUGAAAUGCUAAAUUGAACUGCGAAUGAAGAAUCAUUGCGGAGAGUCGGUAGGUUUUUCAUUCAGAGCCGCUUUGUGGUUUCGGCGGCCGGUGAUUUUGUUUACGCGAAGUUUUCUGAGAUCAGUGUUAUAAUUCGACCUUCUUGCUAUUUUUACCGUCAAGUGUGAUGAUUCUGUUAGCUUUUCUUUCUUGUCUCCUUGUUUUUUUCUUCGUUAAGGACCAAAUAGCUUCUUUCCAAUUAAAGCAAAUCAUUGUGUUUUUGAACUAAGUGUUCCGUGUGUGUGUUUAUUUCAUUGCGUGAUUGCGACUGAGUUUGAUUAUAGAAUUUAGUACAACCGGUUCAGAGUUGUACCGCAUGCAGUUGAUAGUUUGAAUGUAAACAUUUAUUACAAUCGAAGAAAGUAAAGCAGUUCUGUAUCAUGCAGACAUUUCCAAACGAUAUUUCUCGGUUUGCCACUUGAAAAUCGUGUUUUACUUUUUGCAUGAAUUAAAGCAAAGGUCAAGGAGUAGUGACGUCACUGGACGGCAUUAACGGCCGGUCGAUUCAGACGUUACUGAGGGAGUAAUAACGACUCGAAGUAAUCGGAUGAAAUUCAGGCUAACGCUUGCGUAGGAAUUAACAUUAUGUUGCAAGAGUCUUGAUCAAAGAUUAUUUGCUCAAGUUAUGCAUGCCCGUUUAGUCCAUCACCCGGAACAUAGCAAAAACUGAAAGAAAUGCAACUAAUCGCGGAUCAUGCAGGAAACGAAGAGGUGACCGACUUGAAGUAUAGGCUAAUAGCGCUGGGUGUUACAAACCAAACCGUCGCGUAGGAAUUAACCGCAUUCAUGUGAUUGAACAGUUGCGUUUCCUCUCUUAUAGCCUCCGACAAAAAUCCGUCUUUGUUAUUGAGCUCGGUUAUUUCAAUGUCAGCAUUUUGAUGUGUUAUUCAUUGAAGAAAUUUAAGCGAGUGACUGUGACUGUGUGUUUACAGGCCAGAUUGUUGUGAUUUAAUUUUGUUUCUCAUACCCGCGAGCUGGGACUUCUCAAUGUUCUCUCGUUUUAAUUUUGUUGUUUGCAUUGUUUUAUUACUAAAGUGAUAGGCAUUCAGUUGUAGUUAACGGUUAUCCUAAGCUUUUUCGGCACAAUUUGAGAGAAUAUUUUAUGUAUUUACGAUAAAAAUAAAAGGUGUUUGAUUGGUGCAGUACGUCUGUUAUUGUGCUUACUAUUUAUACCUCCUUCGUCUGCAGAACGUCUGCACAAAUUGCAGCUCAUUUCUGCAGACAUUCUGAAGACAUUUUGCAGAUAUUCUGCAGACAUUCUGCAGACAAUUCGCAGAUAAUCUGUAGACUGUCUGCAGAUCUCCUGCAGAUGUUUCAACAGAUCUGUAGCAGACUAAAAACAGAUCUGCUCGUUUCCUACGGGCAAGAUUGUUUUUUAAGCAAUGAUAAACUCCAGCUUGUUUUUCUUAAGAUAAUGUAAGUCUUUGGACUGGAGCGCAUAGUUCCUACCUUGGUAAUAAAUUAAGCUUUUGAAAUAGCUUAACAGUCUUGAGCCCUCAGUCUUGUGACUGUUUAGUUAUUGCCACUUUGUGAUCAGGCAAGAACAUGGUUUAGGUUGUCCACGCGAAACUCAUCAGUUGCUAGGUUGCCUUUGCACUUAGCUUAAUGCUUUUACAAGAUCAACUUUAGUUGUUUUGUGUCAUGGCAAGAAUGGUACAGCCAUUCUGUCUAACUGAGCUUUGACCUUGACUCAGCUUCCGUUCCACCUUGAACAUUAAUACCCGCAUGGCAGAUCAAAAAUUAGUGUAAAAAGGGGUCAGUAGGCCCACACGACUUUUACCUCAUGCCAAAAUGCUGCUUGUUUAAAUACCUUUUUUCUCUGCUGGGUAUAUUAUGCUCUAGAGGGUUCAAUGUUUUGACUGAGAAAAUGUGACUUUCGUGGCUUGUUUCACACUGAGAGGUCUUUAUUGCGGCUAAAUAAGGCUUUUAGGUUCUUUAAUUUUCUCCAAAGGAGAAAAGGAGAGAGACUUUCUUGAUUUGCCUUCAGUAGCUGAUGUGGAACCUUCGAUCGAAGGUGACUUCACCACUGGCAAAUUGAAACGGAUGGAUAUUGAAUUUCUCCAUGCUGGACUGGCUUUGUCGGGCGUAUCAAGAGUAUCUUUGCCACUCUUAACCAGUGUACUUGCCUUGGAUAUAAUUGCAGCUUUAAUGAACUGGUACAACCGGCCCAAGUUGCAAAUUUUCCAGCCACAUGGGUUAUAGACCCGAUCAGAAUUGACCCGAUCAGAAUACUGAUCAGAGGUGAAGGGAGCUUCCAGUGCAAUAAUUCUUUGGUUUUGAUUAGUCGAUCAGUAACUCAUUUCCGGAACGGCGGCCAAGCGCGACUAAUUAGGGGGACUGUUUCUCAUUUUCACAGUGUUUUCAGGGAGGCGUUUUCUCUUCUCUGUCCCCGCCUCCCUUCCCCAGCUCUCCUUGACUUGCCCCAUUUCCUCACCUCUUUUGGAGUUUCAACAUGGCGCUUUCACUAGCAAAAAUAUUCAUGUGCUAGAAGAAAACGCCUGCACUGCAGGCUAAACUGUACUCUACCAGACCAGUUCUAUGCAAUUGAAUUCCCAGCUUCUGCCUUUUUCUGGCCAAUAGGCAAAGAGGAACUUUUUGGGGAGUUUCUGAAACAAUUUUUAACUGUCAGAGUAGAAGAAUGUGCACUUUAUACACUCAGUUUUACUUUCCUUCCUUCCUUGUGACUAUAGAGAAACUGAGAUGUUUAUCAAAAAACUGAAUUAUAUUUUUAAGAAAAAUAAGAUUGCCAACUGAAGGAUUAUUAGAAAUGCUUUGAUUUUCAAACAUUAAAUUCUCCUCAUCAAUACCAUAUUAAAAUAUUUUGUGGAAAAGAAGAGAAGUUUUUUUUCUGUUGAUAUUAGGGAUUUAAAAGGUUUAAUUUAUCAUCGUUUAUAUUUUAAUUUAACCCAUGAUUGUUUAUACAGAUGAUGGUCUCUGAUGAAGAGAAACGAUGGAUUGUUGUGGGAAUUGCCAUGAACAAAGUUGCUGCUCCUGUUUUGCGAGAUGCUGUCAAACAAGGAAUGGACGCCAACUAUGCAAAUCUGGACAGACACUGUCAACUUCUCCACCCACCUUGUACUCUAAAGACAUUAAGUCAUGGUGUGGUCCGAGCAGAUCCUAUCUUGAAGAACCUGAAAUUUCAAAAUAUAAACAACAAUCAUCUUGUUCAUGGUGUAUGCAACUACAACUUCAACAUCAAUAGCUCUUUAGAUUUGGCCAAGUUAUACCUGCCAGGUUAUCUGGCUCAGUUUUCAGCCUUUGAUGACUCACUGGACAUGACUGCCAUCCUUCGUCUGUUGGGAUUUAGGAACUACAUGCCUGCCGCUGUGUUCUCCCCACACUCCCAGGCCUCAGCCGAUGAUGUCAGGGAAAAUGUCAGAAACAAAUGGGGCCAUGUUGAUGUAACUGAGUGGACAGAUGCUCUCCUUAAUGAUUGCUUUGACAAGCUGAAGACAUUGGUGAGGAGUCUGGGACUGCCAGCAAGUGUGGAGAAGGAGACAUUGGAUCAGCUGGACGACUGGCAAACAAAAGGUUAUUUAUUCCUAGUCAAAAGAAAUUAUCAAUAA